UUUAUUUUAGAAAAGUGUCUGAAUCACCGGACGAUAGUGCGUUCAGUGUGACAGAUCAUUUUUCGUCCGAAAAAAUGAUCAAGUGUGAAAAGAAUAAUAUCAAAGCAUCUCAGUAUCAAGUGAUUCUUGGUGCAUACUACUAUCCAAGAACGGCCGACACUGAAGCUACUAUUACAGUGACAAUAAAUGUGCAGGGAUUACCAGAAGAACCUAAAAAACCUGUAUGGAUCAAGCCAAAUCCCGACUCAACAGCUGAUGACCACGUUAUAGAUUUAUUAGAGACUUCUAAAGCUGGGGACGUUAUUCUGAUACUGUCAGCCACUGACGAAGAUACUGAGGCUGCAGGUUUAUCAUUUAACAUGGAUAAAAGUGUGAGUUAUACAAUAUGAUUUCAAAAUCAUUUUAAUCUUUAUAUAGUCUUUUUAUGAUUUCAUUUGUUUAGUAUUUGAUACCCCACUUCC